AUGCGGGCGCGUACCGCACCAACAAGAUUUGUUCACGUCGCCGCUCACAAGGGCAACGCCGUCAAUGAGGCUGCGGACGGCUUAGCAAGCAAGGGUGCGCGUAAGGCAGCUCUACCACCCUUCGUGCCACAGCCAGCGCCUGAACCCAUGGACCCUGUCGAUGCGCGUCCUCUACAGGGAGCGAGGGUGUGGACAACAAUGGCAGAACCAGGCAAAGCUAUUGGAGAGCGUCCCGGGUGGCGCCACGGCGGCCACGCAUCCGGGAAGUGGCACCACGGUCGAGCGAGACGCGAUGAUACGCGCUUGAGAAAGCUGGCGGAGAUCCUGAAAGUCUGUCACUUCAACAAGGUGUUCUGGGAUGCCUGGAAAGGAAGCAUGGACGCGCGGAAGAAGCGGCCGCAAAUACCCAUCGACGAACUGGCUCGCGUCUUUCAAACGCGCAUGAAUCGGCACGCGCAAGUACCUGACACCUUUCUUCAAUCGGCGCGGGUACAAGCCCAGCUCCUCGCGACGAACCUCGACGCUGCCCAGCCAGCACGUCCAUCUGACGACGACUUUACGCGGCCAUGA